AUGAAUGGGCUGUGCCCUUCGGAUUGGGACAACGGGACCGACCUGGGGAACCUGACCUGCCACCCUUCGCUGUCCCCCUACCGCUAUGUGGGGGCCUCUCUGGGGCUGGUGGUGACGGCGCUGGGGGGGUUGGGCAACCUGCUGACCAUGCUGGCCUUCACCGCUGACCCCCGGCUCCGCACGGCCUUCAACCGGCUGGUCCUCAACCUGACCCUGGCCGACCUGCUGUACUGCUCCCUCCUGCAGCCGCUGACCGUCCACACCUACCUGCGCAACGGCUGGGCCUGGGGCCGGGACUCCUGCCGCCUCUUCGGCCUAAUGCUCUUCGCCUCCAACCUGGUGUCCAUCCUCAACAUGGCGGCCAUCGCUGGCGCCCGCUACCUGCUGGUCUCGGGGCCCCGGCGCUUCCACCGGCUCUGCUCCGGCCGGCUCGGCCCGGUCUUCCUGGCCGGUCCCUGGCUCCUGGCCCUGGUCCUCCUGGCUCCCUUCUGGUGCGUCUUCCAGUUCCAGCCGACCGUCUGCACCUGCAGCUUCCACCGGACGGCGGGGAGGCCGUACACUACCAUCCUGCACGCCGCCACCUUCGGCUUGGGUCUCGGCAGCAUAGGCACCUUCUACCUGCUCAUCCACCGCCGGCUGAGGGCUACCGGGCAGGCCUUGCGCAGCCACCGGGAGCUGGGGGCAGGGACCUCCCUCCCGCCACCCUCCUCCUCCUCCACCUUGUCCGCCGCGGCCUUGGAGGGAAGUCAGAACGAGCGCUCGGCCAUAUCCCCGGAAGCGGUCAGCGGGGGGUCAGCGGUGGAGGGCAGCGGAGGUGGAGGAGAGGGAGAGAGAGACAGCGGCCUGAGGAGGAUGACCGCCCGGUGGAAGAGGAGGAGGAGGAGGCAGGGCCGGAGAGGUUCGGAGGUGGAGUUCCGGCGCGUGACGACCAUGUGCUUCUCCGUCUUCCUGGUCUACCUGGCCUGCUACCUACCCUUCUGUCUGGUCCACCUGGCUGAGAGCCGGGCACCCUACGUGCUCCAGAUGCUGGCCGGAAACCUCACCUGGUUCAACAGCUGCAUCAACCCCAUCCUCUAUGCCGCCAUGAACCGCCAAUUCAAGGAGGCCUACCGGGUGGUGCUGAGCCCCUUCUGCGCUGGAUCCUGACCGUGGACUCGGCCGGCAGCUACCCCCACCGCCAACACCCCCUCACCCCCCCACUCCAGCUACCCCCACACCCAACACCCCCUCACCCCCCCACUCCAGCUACCCCCACACCCAACACCCCCUCACCCCCCCACUCCAGGGCCCCGAGCUCUGGG